UUAAUUUAUACAUUCGAACUGUGCAGUAUAUUUUACUAAAAUUAAAAUCAGCUCCAUAAAAACAAUAUAAUUAAAAUAAUAUAAUUAAAAUGCUAAAGGUGACAUUUUUGCUAAUAACUCUGCUGAUCGCGUCAAUAGAAGCAGCCAAAAUGGUCUGUUAUUAUGACUCAGCCAGCCAACUUAGAGAAGGUCCAGCAAAAUUAACACUGCAAGAUUUGGAACCAGCUUUGCAAUUUUGUAAUUAUCUCGUUUACGGUUACGCCGGUAUUGAUCCAAGGACCUAUCAAUUAAAGCCCUUAAACAAAAAUUUGGAUAUCACACAGAAUCAUUACCGUGAUAUCACCAACUUACGACACAACCAUCCGCAACUAUUAAUACUGCUCUCGGUUGGUGGGGAUCGUGACUUGUUUGAGGAAUCUCCAAGCAGUUCUUACCUCAGCGUGCUGGAGAAUCAGGCACAUCGAAACUCGUUUAUUAACAGCGCUUUAGCGCACUUGAAAACUUACGAUUUUGAUGGUUUAGACUUGGCAUGGCAGUUUCCUGAAAAUCCGCCCAAAAUAGUGGAAGGUAGAUUUAGAAGCGGUUGGAGAAAAGUCAAGGGAUGGUUCUUUUCUUCGAAACCCGUCGAUGAAUACGCUGCCAAGCACAAAGAACAAUUCACCACGUUGGUGCGUGAGUUGGAAGACGCUUUUAAAUCUGAUGCACUUAUCUUGUCAUUAACCAUGCUACCGCAUGUGGAUCCGAAUCUAUAUAUUGAUGUCCCAUCGGUUAUCGGCAAUGUGAAUUUCGUCAAUCUUGGUAGCUAUGACUUCCAAACACCAGAGCGCGAUCCUAAAGUUGCUGAUCAUAGUGCGCCCAUAUAUGAAAUGGCCGAACGCGAUCCCACCCACAACAUUGACUACCAAGUACAGCAUUGGCUCAAUAAUUCAGCACCCAGUAACAAAAUCUAUAUUGGUGUACCAGCUUAUGAACUCUCUUGGACUAUGUCAUGUAAAUCUGGUAUUACCGGUUACCCGCCGGUUAAGAAAACUCUCGGUAGGGGCGCCGCCGGCAAACAGCUGCACAAACCUGGCUUAAUGAGUUGGCCCGAAAUUUGUGAAAAACUACAGGCUGACAAAGAAUUGACCGGUGAAUCUGCGCCUUUACGCAAAGUUGGCGAUACAAGACAACGCUAUGGCAGCUAUGCUUAUCGAUCAGCCGACUAUUAUGACCAGAACGGUCUUUGGGUGAGCUAUGAGGAACCCAGCACUGCAGCAGUUAAGGCAAGUUACGUAUCCGCCAAAGGUUUGGGUGGCGUUGCUUUGUUCGAUUUGUCGCUGGACGAUUUUCGUGGUCAAUGUGCCGGUGAGAAGUAUCCGAUACUGAGAAGUAUUAAAUUUAAAUUGUAAAAUCACUUCUUUGUUAAUAAAUUAUAAGUAAAUUAAAGUAAAAA